UAAAUAUGACCGUUGAUUAUUUACUAUCAGACAUUAAAAUGUCAUUACUUUCAUUUUAUUGAGGUUAUUCAUUAGUGUAACAUUAUUUGUCCUAUAUAUUUUCUCACUCAUAGGGAAGACAGCAAAGAUACUAAGGUUUAUCCAAUUCAUCUGUGAUGACAGUAAUGUCAAUAUACCCCAUGUUCCUCCCCCUAUGAGAGAGUAAUCCAACUAACCCUUAAUCCAUGUUAAUCCCAGGCGGCUGUUUGUGAGCCUUCGAUUUCAAAGGUUUGUGGUUCCUGUCAUGCCAGUAGUGAAAGAUAAAUGAUGUCUACCUGGUAUAUGGACGGUGCCGAGGAUAACCGAGGUGUUUAUACAAAACAGGGACCAGAAGGACUGCUACAGAGGUCUGUUCUGUGUGUCUUCCUCCCCACAGUGAGCGCAGGAGGAUAAAGCUGCAGAGUGACCUUGUGACCUUACAGAGGGAUCAGCGCCUUAGCCGCGCUGUGUGGCUGCAGAGCCGGUGGCAGGAACUGAGUGAGAGAGAGCGUCAGGCCCAGCAGCAGAACAGGCAGCUGCUGCAGGAGUUUGACAGAGCCCAGGACACUCUGAGAGACAUGGUCACCCGCAACGCCGCUAUGAAUACCAUAAAAGUGGAGUAUGAAAGGUAUCUGGAGGAGAGCUUCCCUCGCUGGCAGCAGCAGCUCAAACAGAAGACACUAUCUGCCCAACGCAAGCGAUUGGAGCAGCACCUGAAGGAGUGCCUGAGGAGUAUGGAGGAGGACAAUGCUGAAGAGAGGGGCUCCAGACCCCCCAUUGGAGCCCAACCUCCACUUUCUCCAUGUCAUGUCCAACAGCUCCAGAAUGCCGCUGCGCGUCAAGAAUACCACAACCAAAAUGGCCACCAGGACUACAUCCAAAAUGGUCACCAUCAUCCCAGCAUCCCUUCAAUUCAGUCCUCCUGGUUGAUUCAUGCUCGUUCCCAAUGGGUUGAUUCCCAAACCAGAAUGCAGUCCAAACUCCAACAAAGAGACAUGACUCACCAACCCGCUCACCCCCUCCACCCCUAUGACCCCCAGUUCCUCUACCCCCCUCAGCCUUACCCUGUCCAGCACGCUCAGUCCCUCUACCCCCCUCAGCCUUACCCUAUCCAGCCCCCUCAGUCCUACUCUAACCCCAGUAAACACCACAUUGUGAUCCAGCAGGAGGCACCACCGGCAGGGUUCCCCAUGCAAUGGGCUGCUGGAGUUGCCACGGCUGGGCUCCAUUUCAGGGCCCCAGCGGGCCUUCAAACUUCCUGGACAAGCCCUGCCAUGCCGGAUACCCAGGGAUGGAGAAUAGUACAGGAUGUGGCGGGGGAGGAUCUGGGGAGGGUGGCCAGUGCAGCGACUAGUCCUGAAGGAGGGAGCAGUGUGGGACACAGACAGAAGAGAGAGAAGAGCAGCGAUUUGGCACAUGAGCUCGACAUCAAACCAGUGCGUCUGUCGAGUGGACAUGGAGAGAGCAGUGAGAGUAGCAGAACCUCCAGUCAGGCCAGUAAAGACAGCGUCAGUAGCAGGGAGAGGAGGAAGAGGAAGGAGAAGAAUGGAGGAAGAGCAGGACAGAGUGCAACAGACAGGUCCUUUGCAGGAUCCGGGGAGGUGGUUAUUCCUGAGGCUUCAGUAUCUUCUGCCUCUGUGGUCCAAAGCUCAGAGAAUGAUGGGACAUCGGUGGUAGGGAGAAACAGGAGCAGGAUGAGUAGGGGACUGGCUAACCUAUUCAGUGCAGAGGAGUCAGGAAGUCAUAGAGACGAAUCAGGGAGUGAUAGGGAGUGGUCGGUGAGUCAAAAGGAGGAAUCAAGUCAAAUUCAAGAAUCAGGGAGUCAUAGGGUAGAGGCAGUGAAUCAAAUGGAAGAGUCAAGAAGUCAUAUGCAGGCGUCAAUGAUUAAAAAGGAGUCAGUGAGUCAUAGAGAGGAAGUAGCCAGUGAGAAAGAAGUCGGAGAUAAUGCCAUGGAGGCCACAGAGGGAGAAGAGGAGAGUCUGGUUGGACUCAGUGCGGAGGAGGGAGCAACAGGAGAAGAGGAGAGUCUGGUUGGACUCAGUGAGGAGGGGGGAGCAACAGGAGAAGAGGAGAGUCUGGUUGGACUCUGUGUGGAGGGGGGAGCAACAGGAGAAGAGGAGGAGGAAAUUAAACAUGACAGAGAGGAGGGGAGGGAAACAAAGGAAGAAGAGGGAAUGGGAGAACAUGAAGGCGAAAAAGAGCAAGGAGAAGAUCAGGAUGAAGGCAAUGAGGCACACCAGAGAGACAGAGAAGAAGGAGAGGAGGAGGAGGAGGAAGAGGAAGAAGUCCAACCAGAGAGUGAGAGCGUUUCUAUAAGGGAGCACACUGCAGAGGACGAGGAAGACAGGGAGAGGGGAGAGGAGGAAGAGGAAGAAGUCCAACCAGAGAGUGAGAGCGUUUCUAUAAGGGAGCACACUGCAGAGGACGAGGAAGACAGGGAGAGGGGAGAGGAGGAAGAGGAAGAAGUCCAACCAGAGAGUGAGAGCGUUUCUAUAAGGGAGCACACUGCAGAGGACGAGGAAGACAGGGAGAGGGGAGAGGAGGAAGCAGAGGAGGCACAGGACUCAGAAGGGCAGGUAGAGCGUGAGGAGGUGGAACGGGGUGAUAGAGGAAUGGAGGAAGAGAGCGAGAACGAAAGAGAGGAAUCACACACUUCUCAGAACGAAGAGAUAGAAGAGGAGGAUGUGGAAGUUGGGGAUGAAAGAGAUGAUAAUGAGGAGGGGUCAGAAGGUGAAGAAGAUGGUGGCGAGGAAGAGGAGCAGCGUUGUCAGGAUGCUGAGGAAGACUCGGCAGCAGGGCAACCUGAGGAUGAAGAGGAGAGAGACUCUGACGACAGCAUCAUCUCACCACCAGAACACAGGUCAUCCAAAUGCCUGGCAGAGGUAGCGGAAGAGGAGGAGGAAGAAGUGAUCGAUGAUAAUGAUGAAAAUGAUGAUGGUGAAGAUGAUGAAGAUGACAAAGUGAAAGGGUAUUCAUGGUCUGUGGAUCCCUUUCCAGAUGAGGAUGAUGAUAUUGAAACUCUUCUCGCUCCACAAGCAAAGUCUCAGGAAAAACAAGAGAAAGAAGAAAAGAAGAAGACAGUGGUCCUUGUCAAACCCAAAGCCAUAUAUGAAGACUUGGACAGUUUCUCUGAAGUAAAAGCACUUCACAAAAAGAAAGGGGCUAAUCAGGACACAGACUCAGAAGAGUUUGAUCACUUCUACGACUGACAAGCCUUGUGUUCCAGCUCACCUAAAACCUCA